AUGUCGUUCGUAGGCCGCCUGGCGAAUUACGUCCUCAACGAGUUCCUCGUGAACGCGCUCGCAAACUCGAAAUCGUUCCAGAGAUUUGCGGUGAGAACCGACGACGCGAUGAGGAAAGGAAACGUCUAUAAAACAGUCUCCGAAGGCGCUUCGAAAGCGAAGGAAAGCGUGGAACGGUACGCGGAAGAGGCGAAGGAAGUGGCGGAGAAGUUUGCGAAAGAGGCGGUGGCGAAGAAACCGCCUCCAAACUCGUGA